CCCCCCGGGCUGGCGGGCGGGCUGCGGCCUCCGGCCAGCUCGCGGCCGGCUCGGCGCACCGGGCUGUGCUGACACACGUAGGGGAAAGCCGCGGACCCCCGAGUCUUUCCGGGGCGUCCGUGAAGCGAACAGGACCAGUCGCUUCCUCUGUCCUGGCGUUUGAUGGCUCCCGUGAGCGUCACUGGGCACAGGAAACGCCCACCUGACCGCCAUGACCUACAACACUGAGCAUCCGACAUUCCCUGCUUCCAGAUCCUGAACCAGAAAAUCAACACUAAACCCUUUUCUUCAGAACGUCCCAGUGUUUGCUGUGGGCGAGUCUUUCCUUGGACUUCCUGGAAGCACGAGUGUUAGUGCACAAGUGCAGGCUGCACACCCAGUCUCUGUCACUAGGGAAGAGAAGAUGGCGAUGGCCUCAACAGCUGUAGUGGUUCCUGCAGAGUGGAUCAAGACCUGGGAGAAAUCUGGGAGAGGCGAGUUUUUGCGUUUAUGCCGGAUUCUCAGUGAAAGUAAAAGCCGAGACACUUUGGCUUGUAGAGAUUUCCAACAAGCACUCUAUGAGUUGUCAUACCAUGUCAUUAAAGGAACUUUAAAGCCUGAACAGGCCUCAAAUGUUCUUAAUGACAUCUGUGAAUUUCGAGAAGAUAUUCCAUUUAUUCUUGCUGAUAUAUUCUGCAUAUUAGAUAUUGAGACGAAUUGUCUAGAAGAAAAAUGCAAAAGAGAUCAUUUUACACAACUGAUAUUAGCAUGUUUAUAUUUAGUUUCAGACACAGUUCUAAAGGAACGCUUGGAUCCAGAAACAUUGGAAUCAUUAGGCCUUAUCAAACAGUCACAGCAGUUCAAUCAAAAAUCAGUUAAGAUCAAAACAAAACUCUUCUAUAAACAGCAGAAGUUCAAUUUGUUAAGAGAAGAAAAUGAAGGUUAUGCCAAGCUGAUUGUUGAAUUAGGGCAAGAUUUAUCUGGAAAUAUCACUAGUGAUUUAAUCUUAGAAAUUCUCAAAUCUUUAAUUGGAUGCUUUAAUCUAGAUCCCAAUAGAGUUUUGGAUAUCAUUUUAGAAGUGUUUGAAUGCAGGCCAGAACACCAUGAUUUCUUUAUAGCUUUAUUAGAAGCUUAUAUGAGUAUGUGUGAACCACAGACACUAUGUCAUAUUCUUGGGUUCAAAUUUAAGUUUUACCAGGAGCCAAAUGGUGAGACUCCAUCAUCUUUGUAUAGAGCUGCAGCAGUGCUCCUGCAGUUUAAUCUUAUUGAUUUGGAUGAUCUCUAUCUGCACCUUCUUCCAGCUGAUAGCUGCAUUAUGAAUGAAUACAAACGAGAAAUUGUGGAAGCUAAGCAAAUUGUUAAAAAACUUACAAUGGUUGUAUUGCCUUCUGAAAAAAGUGAUGAGCGAGAGAAAGAAAAGAAAAAAGAUGAUAAGGUAGAGAAAGCACCUGACAACCAAAAACUUGGUUUGUUGGAAGCCUUGUUAAUUAUCGGUGAUUGGCAACAUGCACAAAGUAUUAUGGACCGGAUGCCUCCAUACUAUGCAACAUCACAUAAAGUAAUAGCUCUUGGUAUUUGCAACCUUAUACAUGUAACUAUCGAACCUAUUUACCGAAGAGUUGGUGUUCCUAAAGGUGCUAAAGGCUCACCUGUCAAUGCUUUACAAAAUAAGAAGGCACCAAAGCAAGUAGAGAGCUUUGAAGACUUAAGGAGAGAUGUAUUCAGUAUGUUCUCUUACCUCGGUCCUCAUCUUUCUCAUGAUCCCAUCUUAUUUGCAAAGGUUGUUCGCAUAGGCAAGUCAUUUAUGAAGGAAUUUCAGUCUGAUGGGAAACAAGAGAAUAAAGAGAAAAUGGAAAGUAUCCUUAGUUGUUUGCUCAGCGUUACUGACCAGGUACUGCUUCCUUCUCUCUCUUUAAUGGAUUGCAAUGCGUGCAUGUCUGAGGAACUAUGGGGAAUGUUUAAAACAUUUCCUUAUCAGCAUAGAUACCGCUUAUAUGGACAGUGGAAGAAUGACACUUACAACAGCCAUCCACUUUUAGUGAAAGUUAAAGCUCAUACAAUAGACAGAGCCAAAUACAUCAUGAAGCGUCUAACCAAGGAAAAUGUGAAGCCUUCAGGAAGACAGAUUGGGAAAUUGAGCCACAGUAAUCCAACCAUUUUGUUUGAUUAUAUCUUGUCACAAAUACAGAAGUAUGAUAACUUAAUAACCCCUGUGGUAGAUUCAUUGAAAUACCUCACUGCGUUGAAUUACGAUGUUUUAGCCUACUGUAUCAUUGAAGCACUAGCUAAUCCAGAAAAAGAAAGGAUGAAACAUGAUGAUACAACCAUCUCCAACUGGCUUCAGAGUCUGGCUGGUUUCUGUGGUGCAGUUUUUCGUAAAUACCCAAUUGAUCUUGCUGGUCUUCUUCAGUAUGUAGCCAAUCAGUUAAAGGCAGGCAAAAGUUUUGACCUGCUUAUAUUGAAAGAAGUGGUACAAAAAAUGGCAGGAAUAGAAGUUACAGAGGAAAUGACAAUGGAGCAGCUUGAGGCUAUGACAGGCGGGGAGCAACUGAAAGCUGAAGGUGGAUAUUUUGGCCAGAUUAGAAACACCAAAAAGUCCUCUCAGAGAUUAAAGGAUGCACUACUGGACCAUGAUCUUGCCCUUCCUCUUUGUUUGCUCAUGGCACAGCAGAGGAAUGGGGUGAUCUUUCAGGAAGGUGGAGAGAAACAUUUGAAACUUGUAGGGAAGCUAUAUGACCAGUGUCAUGAUACCUUGGUACAGUUUGGUGGGUUUUUAGCAUCAAAUCUAAGCACAGAUGAUUACAUAAAGAGAGUACCUUCAAUUGAUGUGCUUUGUAAUGAAUUUCAUACACCCCACGAUGCAGCAUUCUUUCUGUCACGGCCAAUGUAUGCACACCAUAUUUCAUCAAAGUAUGAUGAACUAAAGAAAUCAGAAAAGGGUGGUAAGCAGCAGCAGAAAGUCCAUAAGUACAUCACGUCAUGUGAGAUGGUGAUGGCGCCUGUCCACGACGCGGUGGUCUCCUUACACGUCUCCAAAGUCUGGGAGGAUAUCAGCCCGCAGUUCUAUACCACAUUCUGGUCUCUGACCAUGUAUGAUCUUGCAGUUCCACAUACCAGCUAUGAACGGGAAGUCAAUAAACUGAAGGUCCAGAUGAAAGCAGUUGAUGACAAUCAGGAAAUGCCUCUAAAUAAAAAGAAAAAGGAGAAAGAGCGCUGCACUGCCCUGCAGGACAAGCUUCUUGAAGAAGAAAAGAAACAGAUGGAGCAUGUUCAGCGAGUUCUACACAGACUGAAAUUAGAAAAGGACAACUGGCUCUUAGCAAAAUCUACUAAAAAUGAGACCAUCACAAAAUUUCUCCAGUUGUGCAUAUUUCCCCGAUGUAUUUUUUCAGCAAUUGAUUCUGUUUACUGUGCUCAUUUUGUUGAGUUAGUCCAUCAACAGAAGACUCCAAAUUUCUCCACGCUUCUUUGCUAUGACCGAGUUUUCUCAGACAUAAUUUACAUGGUUGCUAGCUUUACUGAAAAUGAAGCUAGUCGAUAUGGGAGAUUUCUUUGCUGCAUGUUAGAGACUGUGACCAGGUGGCACAGCGACAGAUCCACCUAUGAGAAGGAAUGUGGGAACUAUCCAGGAUUCCUUACCAUACUACGAGCAACUGGAUUUGAUGGUGGGAAUAAAGCUGAUCAGUUAGAUUAUGAGAAUUUUCGACAUGUUGUACAUAAAUGGCAUUACAAAUUAACCAAGGCAUCAGUGCAUUGCCUCGAAACAGGUGAAUAUACUCAUAUUAGAAAUAUCUUGAUUGUACUAACAAAAAUACUACCAUGGUACCCCAAGGUUUUAAAUCUGGGUCAGGCUUUGGAAAGAAGAGUGCAUAAAAUCUGCCAAGAAGAAAAAGAAAAGAAACCAGAUCUAUAUGCAUUAGCAAUGGUCUACUCUGGGCAGCUGAAAAGUAGAAAGUCAUACAUGAUACCUGAAAAUGAAUUUCAUCACAAAGACCCUCUUCCGAGAAAUGCUGCCACCAGUGUACAACCAAAUGGGCCUUGCAGUGGGCUGCUUUCAUCCAUAGGAAGUGCAUCUAAAUUAGAUGAGAACAGUGCUGAGGAGGCCGACAAGUCACGAGAAAGAGCUCAGUGUGCCGUGAAAGCUGUUAGUAAACCUUCCAGUGUCCCACCAAAAGGGAAUGUUAGCAGUGGAAACAAUGGCUCUAACACCAAAGCUAUUAAGGAAAAUGACAAAGAAAAGGGCAAAGAGAAAGAAAAAGAGAAAAAAGAAAAGACUCCAGCUGUUACUCCAGAGGCCAGGGUACUUGGUAAAGACAGUAAAGAAAAACCCAAGGAAGAACAGCCAAAUAAAGAUGAAAAAAUAAGAGAGGCCAAAGAAAGAAUGCCUAAAUCUGAUAAAGACAAGGAAAAAUUAAAGAAGGAAGAAAAAGCCAAAGAUGAGAAAUUCAGGAUCAUUGUCCCCAAUGUAGAAUCAAAAUCCACUCAAGAAAGGGAAAAGGAGAAAGAGCCCUCAAGAGAAAGAGACUUAGCAAAGGAAAUGAAGUCAAAAGAGAAUGUUAAAGGGGGAGAAAGAGCACCAGGUUCUGGGUCCUUGAAAUCACCUGUUUCCCGAACAGAUACCACAGAACCCGAGAGAGAAAAACGUCGCAAAGUUGAUUCCCAUCCUUCUCCAUCACACUCUUCCACAAUAAAGGACAGUCUUGUCAGACUCAAGGAGUCUUCAGCAAAGCUCUAUAUCAACCAUAUUCCACCACCAUUGUGCAAGAGUAAAGAGAGAGACGCGGACAAGAAAGAUUUGGACAAGUCAAGAGAAAGGUCCAGAGAAAGAGAGAAAAAAGAGGAAAAGGACCGGAAAGAGCGGAAAAGAGAUUAUUCAAACAGUGACCGAGAGGCGCCCCUGGACUUAGUCAAGAGGCGGAAAGAUGAAAGUGGAAUAUUGGGGGUUUCAAAACACAAAAGCGAAAGUCCCUGUGAGUCUCUUUAUCCAAAUGAGAAAGACAAGGAAAAAAUUAAGUCAAAAUCCUCAGGCAAAGAAAAAGGUGAUUUGUUUAAAUCUGAAAAGAUAGAUAAAAUAUCCAGUGGGAAAAAGGAGUCUGGACAUGAUAAGGAAAAGAUAGAGAAGAAAGAGAAAUGGGACAGUUCUGGAGAUAAGGAAGAGAAGAAACAUCAUAAGUCCUCAGACAAGCACAGAUAAUGAAGACUCAGCCAAAGGUGUGGGCAGGCCUCUGAGCUGAAGGUCUCCCAGCUAAGGAUGCCAGAGCUCUCUGUCACUCUUUAAACACUAUCUCCCUUAAUCCAGAGCUUCUGGUGCUGUCCAUCUUAUGAGAAUCCUUCAAAUCAGAAGAUGAAUAUGCAUCGCCAUCCUCUUGAGACAUUCAAAGUCACAGGCUUUCAGAACAUUAUUUUCACCUCUGGGCAGUUCCUUGCAGCAAGAUCCCUGUGCGUACAAUUUUUUCUUGAAAUAAUACCACCUAGAAACAGCAUCUAUGAAAUUAUCACCAACUGAGUCUUGGAUCACCUUUCUUAGAAAGGGUCUGCUGUACAUUUACCAAUAUAGAAGUAGGCUAUGGUGAGUUGAAGUUACUGUUCUACCUUAAAGGAGUGGUUCAGUACCAGCUAUAGAAAAUCCUGCAGGUGCCUUGCAGCAAAUUGGGGCUUUCAUACAUUACUUAUUUAAUCUCCAUAGCAAUGUUACAAGGGCCUAAAAAGCAUAAGUACACCCUUGAUCUGUGCUGCCUUUGCUGAUAAGCUGCCUCAUCUCACCAUGUUGAUAAGAGGUUUGUACAACUCCUGUGUACCAGGCCCUGUUCAAAGAUGAUGCUACCUCCUCUCCCUCAUAGAAUGCCUCCAAGCUCUUCAAAUUCAUGAAUUUUAACAAGUCCAUGAGCCAGCUCUCAACCAUGUCAUGAUGUGCCAAAAAACUUGUUUAGCUUUGCCAUUAUGUUCUUCACUGUUUCCUUGGCAUAUGCCCAGUUGGCAUUCGGUUGGAUGACUUCCAGGAAUACAUAUGAGAAUAGCAUGCAAUGUGGAAACAUUUUGUUAUCCAGAAGGCACUGACUGACACAGACAGCCCAAGGAGGGACUGAAACAGUAGUCGCACAGUAUGACCAGGAAUGAAAUCAGGAAUUGAACAUGAUUGUCAGCACAUGAUAGCUGCCUCAGGGAGAGUGGAGUGACAGACAAGUAGUGACUGUGAGAUGCACAGGGAAGAUGGAGCAGCUGAUGCAGUGCAUGAACGGGUCGAGUGCUGGGACUGAUGAUGUUGUGUCCCAGACAGGCCAGCAUCUCAGCGUGACCCUGAGAUUCAGCAGACAGCUUUGCCCAGAUGUCCUUUCCAGUCUACAGUGGACCUGAAAGUUGGAGGCAGAAAUGGGGGUGCCAGAAUCUACUUGUGGUAAUCCAUGUGUGGUACUGUGUGGUCCUGAGUAGAUUUGCCAUAAAAAGUACAUUAUUUAUAUCUGGUUUAUCAUAUGAUGCUGGUCUUUAUAACUAAUUAUUAAUCUUCUACACUUGGUUUUAUUUUCCAUAAACUUUACCCAUGGAUGAAAGAUUUUUUUUUUAAACUUUUCCUCACAUGACAGAUCUAGACUUUGAAAUAUUGAACUAAGGAAAAAAAAACUGGAAAGUCUGUUGAGAAGUACGCCCAAUUGCUGCCCUGCCUAACUCUUCAUGUGACAAUGAAGUAGCUUUCUAAAGCUUGGAACUGUCAACAAACUUCUGAGUACACUUCCAGCCACAAGUCAGUACUGACAGUUUUAACCAGUGUGUGGAGGAGGAGGACAUUGCUUUCCGCACUGAUGCAGCUCUGUGGUUGUUCAUCUCAGGUAUCCUCUACUGGUAAACUUUAACCACACUGACCAACCAUAGCACAGCUAUGUCCUCAUUUGCUGGAGUUUGUAUGAAUAGUUAAGAUGUUAAUUCUACACUUUUUUGCCUUCUUUCUCAUAGCUGAUGUCUAUGCAGCUAGCCGUGUUACUUGGUCUUUUUAUUGUUUUAGCUCUGUUAAAUGACCCCCAGAUUUCCAGAUAGUACCUCUGCAACAGGAGAACUGUGUGGUUCCUUAACUGACACUAAGUUUGACUUUCAACAGUUUGUUCAGUGUGAAUAUUUGUAUCUCUUUUUCAUGCUUCCACUUACUUGGAACUCAGUUUAAUAUUAAAAACUGUCUAGUAGAACCAACUUAUUAAAUGUUACUUUUUUGUGCAGUGAAAUGUUGGAUUAAGCAAAUGUUUAAGAAAAAUACUUUGUUUUGAAAUUUAUUAUGACUUACAGAGCAAAAAUCAUUUCAUACUAUUUCAGAGAUAAAGUCUCAACUCUUCUUAGCCCAGUGUGUCAGUAGAAUUUAUAAUACAAAUAAAGUUUGCUUAAUUAAAAGAUUUUUUUCUGAAAGUCCAUCUAUUAGAAAGCACCAGGAAGAAGUUGCAUUAGUAGCUGCUGUUUUCAUUAGAAGAGCUUUUCACUAAACUUCUGUGUAAAAUCUAUUCUUAAUAAGAGAUUUUUGUUUUCCAACAUACUCUGUAGUAGGAUCUUUUGCAAUCUAAAUGUAUAAGAAAGAUACAAUUGAGAGCUGGUGAUUCAGAGCUGGUGGUGGACGUACAACCACUACAGAAACCCUGUCUUUAGUGCUGUCUUAUAUUCUCAUGUUAAUUAAUUACUAGAUUUUGUCAGUCACGACUCCAGUGAAAACUGGAGCAAUAGGUCUGAGUCAGUUGAUGAAUCAGUCAUACUGAUUUUUAACAGGUUUUUCAUAUGAUUUCGUCUCCAUCUUUUAAGUAUACUGACCAGGUUCUUUCUUCUAGGUGGUAAAGUUUGUGUUCCAGGUCUAUUGAGUUUACGUAUUUAUCAUGUAUGCACUAUUGUUAGGUGAAAGCAAGCUUCAACUUGACGUCCAGCCAUUACUCAGUAUCCAUGUAUACUGACCAUGUGCCCCAUAUCCAUUACAGCCCCUAGAAAGUGUUUUCGAUACAUAUUAGAUACUGUGUUUUAAUAUAUGCACAAGAUUAUACAAAAUUCUUUCCUUUUACCCAUGAGUUCCAUCUGUUUGGAUUUUUGUUUGUUUUGUUGCUUUUAUUUUUUUGUUUGUUUGGGUUUUUUUUUUCUUGAGUCGAAGAAUAAAGUUUAAUCCUUUUCCUGAUACCUGGCCCUUUGUUGGCAUAAUUGGGAUAUAAAUUGUUCAAAUCUUCACAAUUAAGAGUUUCAGAAAUGUGUGAUAUUGACCACUUGACUUAAUAAAGACUAGAUACAUAAACAGAAAAAAUGUCUAUUUCCUCACCAAAAACAAUUGAAUAUUUUUUCUUUUUAGUAGCAAAUAUUAGAUUGAAUAAUUUCUAUAUGUUGUGGGGGAGCACAUAAUAAGACAAUGCUUAUUACAGCAAGUACCCAUUUCAGGUAACCAACUAGGCAUUGUCAUUACAAUAGGGCUGUAAUGCACAGAAACUCAUUCUUCAGAUUCCUUAGAGCUGUAGCGUGAGACAGUUGAAGGGCCCAUAGUUCUUUUGGGAGGUGUACAGAGGGAGGUGUAGAUAGUAGUGAGGCUGAGGAAACCUGGAAAUGGAAGGUGUGCAGAGGGUGUGCUGUCAAGCUGGCUUACACUGCAGGCUACUAGAGCUGUAUUUCCUUUGUGCUAUUCUGGAAAACACCAGAACACAUAAUUCAGGCAUACCUCAUGUAAGGAAGUGGGGUACAGAACUAGUCUUGAGGAGUGGUAGCUAUCCUGUACAGUGAACAGCAGCUCUUGGCAACUUGUGGACAUGAUGGCACAUGCCUGCAGUCUCAGCACCUGAGAGGUAGAGUCAGGAAGACCAGGAAUUUGGG